CUGUAUACUAGAGGCUACGUGCGUUUGAUAAGUGACAGGCCUCCCGGGGGGGUGUGCCAAGGGUGCUGGAACCGUGCGCUGGAGUGGUGUUUCCGCCCCAGUCUGACAAUACGGCGUCAACAGCCAUGCUAGCGGCUGGCAUUCGAGUCGCCCGCGGUCCCGACUGGAUCUGGCAUGAACAAGAUGACGGUGAAGGACACGUCGGAACGCUGUGUGAAAUAGGCCGGUCCGGAUCGACCCACUCGCCGGACAAAACGGUCGUUGUGAAUUGGGACUCGGGCCACCGGACAAACUAUCGCGUCGGCUACCACAAACAGUACGAUCUGAUCGUGAUCGACAACGCACAGAUAGGCGUCAAGCAUCCGAACGUUGUGUGCGACGGCUGCAACAAGGCGGGCAUUGCUGGCAUUCGGUUCCGGUGUGCGGAGUGUCAGUACUACGAUCUGUGCGCCACCUGCUACGGUAAUGACGUGCAUGAUCUCGACCAUCCCUUCAUCCGCUUUCAGACUGCCAAUUCGGUCGGCAUCCGUCUGCCACCAAGGAAAGGAACGCCCAAGAUACAGCUAAAAGGCAUCUUCGUUGGUGCAAGAGUAAUACGCGGCCCCGACUGGGAAUGGAAUAAUCAGGACGGUGGGCCUGGCAAAACUGGUCGUGUGUUGGAAAUUCGUGGCUGGGACAACGAAUCCUGUCGCAGCGUAGCGAGUGUUGCCUGGGCUUCCGGCUCAACGAACGUGUACCGGCUAGGCCACAAAGGAAACGUGGAUUUGCGUUACGUGCAGCCGUCGGUUGGCGGUUUUUACUACAAAGAUCACAUGCCAGUAUUAGGACAACCCGAAGAACAGCAACCGGUUUCGCCACCGGUGCGUUCGCACUUUUACGUCGGCGAUCGGGUGCAGGUCGCCAUCUCAGAGGAGCGUCUGAAGACGCUACAACAGGGCCAUGGAGGCUGGAACCCGCGAAUGGCCGAGUACCUCUCGAAGGUCGGCAUCGUGCACCGGAUCACGGACAAGGGCGACAUUCGGGUGCAGUACGAGGGCUGCUCGAACCGGUGGACCUUCCACCCGGCAGCGCUCGUCAAGAUCUUCAGCUUCAACGUGGGUGAUAUCGUUACCUUCAUUGCGGAUGCGGCCGUAAUGCAGCAGCUCCAGAAAGGGCACGGCGAGUGGAUCGAAACGAUGCAAAAUGUGUUGGGCAAAAUGGGGAAAGUGAUCAAGAUCUAUGGGGAUGGUGAUUUGCGCGUCCAGCAGCUGGACGAUGACAUGGCGUGGACAGUGAACCCCAAGUGUGUGAAGCUGUCGACGGCAGCGCAUGCUGCCGCAACCGAGCGUUCCAACAGUAUGCGCGAUCUGAGCAAUCAGCGCAUCAACGAACACCACAUGGCACCGCUGGCCGGGUUGGGUGGUCACACGGCGGCGGAUCGGUUGGUGCGCGAAGCAGCGCUCGGUAACCUCGAAUUCGUUCAGACCUUCCUAAACAUUAAUCCGGAAGCAGUGGACUGCGUGAGCGGUGGAAAGACCUGCCUGCAAGUGGCUGCCCACCAGGGCCACGUAGAACUGGUCAAGUAUCUACUGCACGCGGGCGCCAACGUAAACGUCACCGACAAGGAGGGCGAUACGACCCUACACUAUGCGGCGUUCGGUAAUCAGCCGGAAAUCAUGCGCGUACUGCUACAGAACAAAGCCAAAAUUGACGAACUCAACUCAACGCACUGUACGGCAUUGCACAUUUCUGCACACAAGAAACCACCACAGUGUGUCAAAGUGUUGCUGGAGUUCGGUGCGAACGUUAACGUGCAGGACGCGUACGGUGACACGGCACUGCACGAUGCGAUCGGCAAGGAAAACAUCGAGGUGGUGGAGAUGCUGUGCGGCUCCCCAACGCUUGACCUCACCAUCCGCAACCAUCGGGGCUUUAAUGCGUUACAUCACGCGUCUCUCAAGGGUAAUGUACACGCGGCACGCCACGUCAUACGGUUGGCCCGACAGCUUGUGAACGUGCGAAAGGACGAUGGAUUUUCGGCACUGCAUCUAGCUGCCCUCAAUGGACAUACGCGCAUCAUCGAGGUGUUGGUGCAGGAGGGACAGGCGGACAUUAACAUCCGGAAUAAUCGCAGCCAGACGCCUUUCCUGUUGGCGGUAUCACAGGGCCAUACGGCGUCGAUCGAAAAGCUGGUCGAUCUUGGGUGUGAUGUACGAGCACGGGACGAAGAUGGUGACAACGCAAUGCAUCUGUGCAUCAUCAAGAAGGCGAAUCUGGUGCAGGACAUCUCACCGACGGAUGCACCGAAAAUCCACGACAUCUACCAAUCGUUGGCAGGCAUCGUGAUCGAGCAUCGGCUCAUGUACGCGCUGUUGUGCUUUCUCGCUAGCGAAGGUUGUCCGCUGGACGUCAAUCGCAAGGGUGCCCGAGUGCUGGACUGGAUUGGAAGUCCACAGAUUAAGGAGAUUAUCGUCGAAUACGAGCGUACACGGUUAGCACGGGAAGCGGCUGCUGCUGCCGCCCCGAACGGACCCGUCAUCUCGACCAGCUUCCCGGUCAACCCUCCGGUGGCUACAUCCUCCCGCAAUCUACCCAACCCGGAAGAGGAAACACAAAUUCCACAGCAAUUGUUGUGUAACUUUGACUCCAUGAGCAUCACCGCACCGGGCAUUGAACCGGUGGGUGGAGGCACGGUGGAAAAGCUUGCAGACGCUGCCGGAAGUGCAUCGCUUGCGCUGGAGAAUGGUCUGGCGGGUGCCAGUGGACUACAGCAUCCUGUACCACCCGGUCCAAGCAAUCCUCCAACACCGGCCCGGCGUAAUAGAGGACAUGGGGCACGGGAUGCUAGCGCCGCCGGAGCACUUGUCACACCGCCCGCCGUUCUUGGUGCAGGUGGGCACAGUGAUGAGGCCGACCCGAAUCUGCUACUCCACCCGUCGUCCUCCACAUCGUCAGCCACCGCCAACAUUCGUCCCAGUAGUGCCGCUAGCAACGGCAACACCGUGUUUGUAGAUAGUCCCGCUCGGUACAAGUCACCCAACAGAGCCUUAUCGCCUGCAAUGGGCGAACCCUUGGUGCCACCGCCACCAGCAGCAGCAGCACCCACGCCACCACCGCACGGUUCACCGUCACCCUCAUCCCUAACCACUGGGCCGAGUGUCGGUCCCUCGUCGAAGCAUAUCAGCCGGCGGCAGUUUGUAAUGGAUGUAAUGGGUGCGCUUCCUCCUGCCCCACCACCAUGCUCCUCCUCUGCUUCUACCAAUCCUGCCUCGUGUUCAGCUAGUCCGACGCCACCGGCAACCGGUGCACCACCACCGGUUCCACCACCACUCCCCCCAAUCAGCAGCAACCUGCAGCAUCACCUUCAGCAAGCGCUGCCACCGACCGAAGCACCGCGCGAAUGUAUCGUCUGCAACGAAACGCUUCAGCUGAUCGUGUUCGAUCCCUGCCAUCAUCAGAUCGCGUGCGAAGAGUGUGGGCUGCGCAUGAAGAAGUGUCUCACCUGUGGUAUGCACAUCGAGCGCCGCACGACCGCUGCUGGAUGGCCGCUGCUAGGACCGAAGGAUGGCCGGCACCCGUCCGCCGAUCGGUUGCGUUACCUCGAGAGCAAAAUUAUCGAAAUCGAGGAAACGCACUGCUGCAGCAUCUGCAUGGAGCGGCGGCGCAACUUGGCGUUCCUGUGCGGGCACGGUUCGUGCUCGAAGUGCGGUGAGACGCUCAAGAUUUGUCACAUGUGCCGGAAGCCGAUUACGAAAAAGAUUAACCUUUAUUAGAGGGGUGAGUCC